CAAACAAUGCAAGAAACUACCGAAAAGGAACACACCCAUAGAUACGUGAUGUAUUACAAAGGUGAGGACAAAGCGGCAAAGGCUCUUGGCAAAACAUACGGACUGGAGUAUAUUAAAACGGUCUGCAAAGAGCAUUUUACCUUCAAAGAUAGUCUUUCUCGGACUCCAACAGAAAUCGAAGAAGUAGUUAAAACAAUGAAAGGCAAAGACACUAAGCUUAUAGAUAUAUACGAAGAUAAGAAAAGCAAUCUACAAAGACUUUCAUUUGUACCAGAACCGAUGACUUCUUUCAAUAUAACUGACAACUAUUGGUCAAAACAAUGGCAUUUGGAACCAGGAAAGAAACCUUCUAUGGGCGUGUACGAGGCCUGGAAGAAAGGUUACUCUGGCAAGGGAGUUGUUAUAGCAGUGCUGGACGAUGGAAUGGACAUUAACCACAUCGAUUUAAAAGAUAAUUAUAAUGGUAUACUUAGUAAGAAUUUUGUUCAUGACGAGAUUGGAGGUAUACAUGUUGCAGAUGAUGACGGGCAUGGAACACGAUGUGCAGGCAUUGCAGCCGCUGCCAAGAACGAUAAUUGUGUUAUAGGAGUUGCCUACGAGGCUACAAUAGCAUCUUUACGGAUACUUGAUGAGCAAUCAACUGUGUCUGUUACUGUGGAUGCUCUAACGCAUGAACUAGACAAAAUUGAAAUCUUCAGCAAUAGUUGGGGUUAUCCUGGCAACGGAUAUGGAUAUGAUCCGUUAUUUGAAAUGGAAGAGGCUGCUUUGAUUCAAGGAAUAACUACGGGGCGUAAUGGCAAGGGAGCAAUUUAUAUAUUUGCUGCCGGUAACGACGGUGCGAAAUUUGACGACUGUACAGCAGCAGGUCAUAUCAACAACAUUUAUACAAUCAGCGUUAAUGCACUGGACCCGGAUGGUAGUCUAGCUAGUUAUUCAGAGGAAUGCACAAGUAUGAUGGUUGCAACAUAUGGAGGUGACAAACUCAACAGAACAAAUAGUUUAAUUGCAACCACGAUAAGAAAUGAUUCAUGUACAGACGACUUUUUGGGGACAUCAGCUGCAUGCCCUAUAGCUGCAGGCAUUGUGGCAUUUGCACUGCAAGCAAACCCUGAUCUAACAUGGAGAGAUGUUCAGUAUCUUAUAGCGAUGACGUCAUCUUAUGAGGACGUACCAGGAGAUAUAUACCAGACAAAUGGUGCAGGGCUAAAUGUCAGCGUAUCUCACGGGUUUGGAUUGAUGAACGCCGACAGAAUGGUCAUGGCUGCAGAGUCAUGGACAACUGUACCUGACAAAAUAAUAUGUGUUGGUAAAACACAAAUUGUCAACGAGUGCUGUACAGAUUUUAUUGAAGCUAAAUACGAUGUACAAAACUGCCAUAUAAAGCAUUUAGAACAUGUAGAAGUACACGUGUAUUUUGAAGCAAUUUGGCGGGAAUACAUAGAACUUCAUCUUAUAUCACCGUUUGGAACUGAUAGCAGGAUUUUGCGUCAGAGAAGGGCAGAUUUCGAAACAUCAGCUGUUGAUUGGACGUUUCUGACAGUGUUUAAUUGGGGUGAGGAUCCUACUGGAAACUGGACCAUCAGGAUGGAUGACUUUCUUACAUGUGAUAACGAGAUAUAUUUGUAUACAUGGUCGCUAACAUUGCAUGGUACAGUCACAGACCCAAAAGCUGGAACACCCAAAAACGGUACACUGGGAGGGUAUUGUGGUGAUGACGUAAGCUGUGUUGAAGAUCUUCACUGUCUUCUGGGCUUUAAUCUGUGUGUCUCGUGUAAUAUAUCAGACUACAAAAUCAUCAACGGAUACUGCGCUAAAGAUAGAACAACUGGUGGAUAUUGUGAUGAUAACAACAUAUGUGAAGCUGAAGAGUCAUGGUGCAAUGAUGAUAAUUUCUGUGAACAAUGUGACACGAGUUUCCGCAGAUACGAGGAUAACUGUUAUCAGGAUGGCAAAUUAGGCGGAUUCUGUGAUUACAGUUUGUCCUGCUCUGAGCCAGAUGUUGGUUGUAAUGGGCUGAUAAACCGCUGUAUAAACUGCACUAACGGAUUCCAUACUAUACGUGGAUAUUGCACUGAAGAUGGAACAAUAUACGGAUAUUGUGAUUCAGAGAUACAAUGUAACACGGAGGAAUCUGAAGCAUGUUCUCCGACGAAUAAUUGGUGCGUUACGUGUUAUACGGACUAUGGACAACACAUCAUAGAUGGAUUCUGUAUUGACGACGGAACGAUUGGCGGAUUUUGCAGUGAUCUUGUACCAUGUACAGACGGUGUUAGCGGGUGUGAUCUAGAGAUGAACAGGUGUGUAGCGUGUACAACCGAGGGUUUCCACAUUAUCAAUAGCAUUUGCAGAAAAGAUGGUUUACUACACGGUUAUUGUAACGAGACUGUUAAAUGUCCAGACGACAUAGGGUGUCACCAUCAGCUGAAUGUUUGUAUCGUAUGUUCAACCCCCAAUUAUCGCAUUGUAGGCGAUGGAUUCUGUAGGGAAGAUGGGUCAGCAGGUGGCUAUUGUGAUACUAAUAUAACGUGUGGACAAGCAUUGUCGGGUUGUAUGAAAGACACGAACACGUGCGGUAUUUGUUAUGCUGGAUAUCACCUUGACAACGAAUUUUGUAUUCAAGGUCGGUUUACUGACAACAAAAUUCCCAAGAUUGACGAUGUUUCACGAUAUUUUAUGAUAAUCGGUUGUUUAUUUGGCGGAACAACUUCCGGUAUAGCUAUUUCUGCUCCUAUAUGCUUCAUUAUAGUUAGAAUACUAUUUCCUCCAAAACAGAAACCUGUCACCAUCAAUGGAAAAGGUACCUUCAAGACUGAGGGAGAAAUUAACAAAGGAUUUGUGUCGCAAAACUAAUGCGCAAUCAACUUUUUGAUACUUUGAAGAUUUAGUUG